AUGUCGAAUACACCAGAGGGCAGAAAAGAUGAAACAGGCGGGGAGGUCCCUACAGAAGAUACGACUGAUAACGUGUCUGAUAAUGUCGUUCUGGUGUUACAACGAAGCUUCAAUCAAUUCCACAACUUUGCCACUACAUUCGCUGCGCUUUAUUUCAUUGGUGGCGUCAGAGUUACCUUUUCAACUGGUAUUGCCGCUGGUGGUAACUUGGCGUAUUGGACGAGUUAUAGCAUCACAUGUGUCUUCACCUUCAUAACCGCUGCUGUCAUAGCCGAGACUUGCUCCUCUUUGCCUUUGGCUGGUUCAAUCUACCUCUGGGCAGCUGAGGCCGGUGGUCCUCGCUUUGGCCGACUCUUUGGUUUUGUUGUUGCUUGGUGGUCGACCACUGCUUGGACUACCUUCUGUGCCAGCAACACCCAAGCUGCCGUCAAUUACAUGCUCUCAGAAAUAGUUGUGUUUAACACAGACUUUCCUUCGGACUCGUCCAGCUUUAAAUUCCGCGCCGUGCAAUGGAUCCUCACCGAAAUUAUGCUUGCCUUGGCCUGCAUCUGGAAUUUGCUUCCUCCACGGUAUUUCAAGUGGAUCUUCACUCUAUCAACAAGUGUUGUAAUUCUUGACUUUGUCCUUAACCUCAUUUGGCUCCCCAUUGCAACAAGCAAGACUCUUGGCUUUCGAACGACGCACGAUGCCUUCAUGACAACCUAUAACGGUACUGGGGCUCCGGCUGGAUGGAACUGGUGCCUGUCUUACCUGGCUACUGCUGGAAUCUUGAUUGGCUUUGAUGCAUCAGGGCAUGUAGCUGAAGAAACGAAGAAUGCUUCGGUUGCAGCAGCCAGGGGCAUCUUUUGGAGUACUGUCGUGAGCGGUAUCGGUGGUUUUGCUGUCAUCAUUCUCUUCUUGUUCUGUGUACCCGAUGCUCAGACGCUCUUCUCUUACGGUGGCCCACAGCCUUUCGUCUCAGUGUAUGCUGCAAUCCUGGGAGAAGGUGGGCAUAUUGUGAUGAAUAUUGUGUGUAUAAUGGCUUUGUGGUUUAACACAGCAAUUGCUGUCCUCGCAGCUUCUCGUCUGGUAUUCGCUGUGGCACGAGAUGGAGUCCUCCCCUGGUCUUCCUGGGUUUCCAAGGUUGAAGCUGGGCAGCCUCGCAAUGCUGUUCUAGUUGUUUGGGGAGUCUCUGCUAUUAUUACCUGCACUAUACUCCCAUCAGCUGUAGCUUUUACUUCCCUGGUAUCUGCAGCUGGUGUGCCCUCAGCUGCUGCAUACGGACUUAUUUGCCUUGCUCGACUUACCCUGACACCCAAGACAUUCCCCAAGCCAGCUUGGAGUCUAGGCAAUCUUAGUAAACCUUUUCAGUUUAUUGCAGUCUUUUGGAAUGGCUGGGUAGUGGCUAUCCUCUUUAGCCCCUAUAUCUUCCCUGUUACUGCAGAAUCUCUCAAUUACGCGCCUAUUAUUAUGGCUGGUACAACGAUCCUGGCUCUACUGACUUGGUGGUUUACGCCAGCCGAGAAGUGGCUGCCCAGCCAAAGGAUACAGCAGACUUUGGAAGCCGACAUUAAUGCUCAAAGAAGGAAUAGCGAGCCCAAGGUGUUGUAA